AAAAAGAAAAAGAAAUGGUCAACGAGAAAAGGAAGACGAAAGAGGAUUGAACGGUAGACGUAGAUAGACGCCAUAGGAGAGUUUGAAGAGUAUAACCUCAUUUGUGAAAAGGGAAUUUUGCGUCGACGCUUGCUUUAUUAUGGACUAUUGUCGUUGAAGCUGAAGCUGCUGCGAUUGAAGGAGAGAUCCAAUCAUCGGGCAGAUGGAGGAAUCUACGGAUACGACCACUUCUUCCUCUCAUUAUUUCUCCAUUUUCACCAAUUACCCUCUCAUUUCCGCUGUUACGGCUUUCACCAUCGCUCAAUUCAUCAAACUCUUCACCUCCUGGUAUAGAGAAAGGAGAUGGGAUCUCAAACAGCUUAUUGGGUCCGGAGGAAUGCCUUCUUCGCAUUCGGCCACAGUCACUGCUCUCGCUGUAGCUAUUGGAUUACAAGAGGGCUUUGGUGGGUCACAUUUUGCCAUUGCUUUGAUCUUGGCAUCUGUUGUGAUGUAUGAUGCUACUGGUGUUAGAUUACAUGCGGGUCGUCAAGCUGAGGUUCUCAAUCAGAUUGUAUACGAACUUCCUGCAGAACAUCCGCUGUCUGAAAGCAGACCAUUGCGUGAACUGCUCGGUCAUACCCCUCCUCAGGUUGUUGCUGGUGGGAUGCUUGGAAGUGCCACAGCAGUCACUGGAUACUUGUUUUUCAGGAUAGCUACUAGCUAACGUUAAGACCAAGCAAACAACUCUUCUACUUCAUUUCCUAUUGAAGCCACUGGACAGAACCAAAACAGGCUUACAAUCAAAGCCGAGUUUGAUGCACUAUUUAUUCUUACUGAAAGCCAUGCUCCUCUUAUCAUUCUAUAUUUGAUGUAAAGAAACUAGAGACACCAUUACAAAAAAUCGUGAUUUUAUUUGGAAAUAAAUAGUAUACAAGGAAUUUG